AUAGAAAUAAACAUGAAAACAAAUUGAGCAGCAAGAAAUACAUUUGUUUCAGGGAAAAACACAGCGCACCUAUGUGGACGAAUGUAAGGAAACAUGGGUGAAACACACAGGUCAUCACCCAGGCACUGCGGGAGUGCAAGGGGAAUGGUUUAGACAGGCGGUACUGGAGGGCGUACCAGAGAGUGUGAAAGCUAAAAUGAUGACUAACCCAGACCUGCCAGGUAGUGACUUUGCUGUGAGGGAGAGACAUUUGCUACACCAUUUACAAGACGCGAUAGAAGAAGCGGCAGGGGAAGAUAAACAGUUAAAGGAGCUGCAGGCUCAACCGCUGAAGCUCCAGCUCACCAAAGUAAGACAGGAAGUGAGUGACAAGAAGCAGAAAGGGAAAGACAAGUAAUAGAUGGUUGCACAGGCUGCCCCAGCUGGAGGUAACGCCCCUGAUUUGUAUCCACUCCCACCAUGGGAGGAGACGUCGUAUGGGACAGCCCAAGGGGGUGGUUACAGGGGAGGCUAUGGAGGUAACCGCUGGGGAGGAGCGUGUUGAGGAGGUCCAUACGCAGGGGGAGGAGGAAGAGGCGGACGCAGAUGGGGAAGAGGUUGUUUCCACUGUGGUAUGGAGGGGCACCAGGUUAAGGAGUGUCCUGGUAAAGGAAGACAGGGGAGGGGUAGAGGUGUCCCACCCCAAGAGGCAUGGGCUCCCAACGCACAUGCUGCACCGCCCCCUGGAGGACAGUACCCCACACCGGAGGACUGGGGCUAUGAGGCAGAUGCCUCUCAGUGACACACCCCCGAGAGAGACCUGGACAGCAGGGCAGACCCCAUGCUGUCACUCACGGUACUACAACAACAAUUGCCGUUUCUCGUUGACACUGGGGCCACAUCCUCCACCAUACAGGCAGCGGGCUCGUCUGCUAUGUCCAGAGAUACCGUCAGCGUUGUGGGGUUCUCCGGGGUGUCACAGAAACUGCCUCUAACAGUCCUCCUACUGGUGAAAGUGGGAAAUCGGACAGUGACUCAUUCUUUUGUUGUUUCGCCUCAAGUUCCAGUGAAUCUUAUGGGAAGGGAUCUUCUCAUUAAGACGGGGGCUUCGAUCUUGUGCAGCCCGGACGGACUAAGCGUCACCAUGAUGGAUGGAACGGUUCUGCAUUGCAAUGACAAUGGACAAACGAGUGGUCAGUGGGUGGUGCAGCCACUGCAGCAACAACAACAAUAUGCAGACAUUUAUUGGGGCCUCUUGAAGCCUGAGUGUUCCAGGGGUUAUGACUCUUUACCAAGUGGAAGCCUUGGAUAACUCUUCUUGAUCCGUAUGUUCCUUCUACAGAUCCUCCUCAUGUAACAUUGUUUUAUGAUAGACAAGGGGAUGAGUGCUAUUGUGACGAAUUCAUGGAACGUUUAGGAAACACGGAAUGGGAGGGGACGUUCCAAAACCUCUAUGUGGGCCCGGAAGGGGUAACCUCAGCUGUCAUCCUCUCCUCCGAUCAAUCGAAAUGGUAUUUGAUGAAUCAAGAUGCAGCACCGCAUGUGUCGUUGGCUCUGCAUCCCAAACAUCAGGCUAAAGACUUAGGUCUAAUGACGAAACGGCCGAUGCUGCUAGACGACUGGGUAUGCACUCAACUGCCUGAUGUUUGUUUUUCUCCCUCCCCUUGAAAGUACAGAAUUACAGGGAAAGCAACUACCUCUGUCAUUUUAACACACGAACAGGUGUCCAGAGACCACGGACGCAAAAAGACCGACCAUCCCUGCACAGCAACCCUUCUUGAGAAACUUCCAGACUACCUCUGGUCAGAAGGUCUGACUGACGUAGGUUUUUGUAAUGCAUGUAAACCAGUGACGUUUGAAGUUCAUGACGGUCCUCCCAAACCCCAAUACCCUCACAAGCCGGCCGCAGCAGAAGGGAUCAAAGAAACUAUCAAGGGCCUCAUUAAAUCAGGUGUAUUGGAGCCCUCACAGUCCGCCUGGAACACGGAACAGACAGCUACGUUAUACUCGGCUACCAUAAGGGUUCGCGCUUUCGCCAGGUAUCUUUAACCAAGUGUUGAAACAAGCGUUAACAGGGUGCUCACUGCCAGAGGGCAUGACAUUGAUCCAAAAUGUGGACGACAUCCUCCUCGCAUCCACUUCAGCGGAAUCCUGUUUGGAGGCAACAGACAUCGUCCUACGCCGGUUGGCCGAAACAGGUUUUAAGGUCAGUAAGUCUAAGUUGCAGGUCGCCAGAAGACAGGUUUCAUUUUUAGGUAGAAUACUGUCGGGAAGCGGCUCAGGGCUCAGUAUUCUCCAUCAUCCACGUCCACAAAACGUAAAAGAAAUGCUUUCGUUUUUGGGCCUCACAGGGUUCAGUAGACAAUUCAUUCCGCGCUAUUCAAAUCUCACUCAAGUUCUGCGUGCAAAGGUGAACGAGAAAGGGAUGCGAAAUCUCACUGCUAAUCUCGAAUGGGACCGAGGGGCGGUGGAGGCGUUUAUCAAGCUAAAAACGGAACUGGCACAGGCCGCGGACCUCCCAGUACCUGAUUACAGCGCACCGUUUUACCUGGAUGUUUCCGAAACAACAGGGGUUGUUAAUGGGGUUUUGUUUCAGAAAAAGGGGGGUGGUAAAAGGAAGGUGCUUCUGUAUAACAGUGUCAUGUUGGAUAACAUGGAAAAACAACAUCAUGAAUGCACACAACACGCAGCAGGGGUCGCAAAGCUUGUAAUGAAAAUAGCACACCACUGAUUGGCAAUUGUUCAGUGAUGGCAGCUGCUUUAGACAAUCCACAGAUGGGGUUGCAGUCGGGAUACGUGGUAGUCAGAAGCCAUGGGGCAGUGACAGAGAUUCUGGAAGCAGAAAGGAUUCAGGGAAGUCAGUCAGCUCAAAGAGCUGAGGUACUCGCAUUGAUAAGAGCAUUACAGCUGGCAGAAGGGAAGGCAGUAAACAUCUAUACUGACUCGGCGUAUGCAGUAGGAGCAGCUCAUGUUGAGCUGGGACAGUGGUUAAGAGCAGGUUUUCUGACGGCUGGAGGAAAACCGAUUGAACAGGAACAAGAAAAUAAAGAUUUGGCGGCAGCCUUGGCUCUACCGAGCACCGUGGCUAUUAUUAAGUGCAAAGGACACGAGAACUCCAACAGUAUGGUGGCCAAAGGAAACCAGGCAGCGGACCAAGCUGCAAAACAGGCUGCAGGUUACCAAAGUGGGCUUCAAAUGGUAAGUGCAGAAGAUGAGGGACAGUCGGGGCCACAACUUAAUGAGGAACGAAUUAAGGAAGCCCAAAGGGGGGUGUCUCCUCAGGAGAAAACGGUGUGGAAGCAAAGAGGGGCUACAGAGGUUGGAGGCCUCUGGAGGUCCCCUGAUGGUCGCCCAGUAAUGCCGCCGGGCAUCAGAAACCAGUGUUUACAGGAGGCACAUGGGAUGGCUCAUGUGGAGCUGAAACACGCGUUUGGUACAGUAUAUCAUCCACAAUCUCAUGGCAAAGUAGAACACAUGAACCAAAACUUGAAACAAAAAUUGGCUAAAAUCUGUGCACAGACAAAUUUAACCUGGGUUCAAGCGCUCCCAUUCGCAUUGAUGGCCAAUAGAAGCUCAGUAAAUCAAGGUACAGGUUUCAACCCGUAUGAACUGACCAACGGGAGACAGUUCCCUGGAUCCAGUGCUGGCCAGAAGCUUAGGCCCAACCCGGAAGCUCCACCAGGUGAGUAUGCAUGUCGUAUAACGAUCUACGAGCUCUUGUUUCAGAUUUUGCGGACCAGGUGCGAGACAAAACAGGGGAUCAGAACGCCCACAACCCCCAGACGGAAGCCUGGGUCCUCCUGAGGGUCAUUAAGAGAAAGUGGUCGGAGUCGCGGUGGACAGGACCAUACCAGGUGGAGGAGAGAACCUCACAUGCAGCGAGGCUGAGAGGGAAAGGUGAUACCUGGUACCACUGGAGCCAGUGCGCCACCGCAAAGGAACCAGCUCGCACUCUCCAGGACGUCCCGAAGGAUCAGGAGCAAGAGGCGGCAACGGGCACCGGAGGGUCCCCAAACGCACUCUCAACGGGCAGUUGACCGACAGACACCCAGAGCAUGGUGAUCUGUGUCGACUGUCUACAACCAAGAAGACCAAGAAUAAGUGUAUAACUAUCCUCUCCUCUGUUCUAUCUUUCUCAAUUCUCCGCAUUAGUUUAGCAAAACAAAACAAGAACAAGACACAAUCCCGUUAUCGGCCUGGAAAGGAGGCAAGAUGAGGUGGCUGAUCCGGCAGACGUUCUCCAGCAGCUGGGGUGAUCUCUGAAGAGAUCAAAAGGGGGAAUUGUGAGAUGCAUGUAGUGGUAAAAUAUGUUAUAACAUUGUUUUGUGCUAAAGCCGUGU